AUGACUACCGAGUUCAAGCUCAAGGGCCUCACCAGCGUCAACCUCAAGAACGGACAGACGCAAGAGGCCGCGGUCGAAGGCAUAGAGGAAGGAAAGGUCUUGCUUGCCAAGCACGACAAUGUCAUUCAUGCAUUGAGUGCGAAAUGUACUCAUUACGGAGCACCAUUGGCAAAGGGUGUCCUGACUGCCAGCGGUCGGCUCACAUGCCCGUGGCACGGAGCUUGUUUCAAUGUGAAGACUGGCGACAUCGAGGAUGCGCCUGCAAUCGACCCGCUUCAAAAGUUUGAGAUUAUCGAGCGAGAUGGUGCGGUCUACAUCAAGGGCGAGGAGGCCGCCAUCAAGGCCAACAGACGUAACCUGAGCAUCAAAUGCCAAGCCAAGAGCGAGGACCAGGUUCUCGUCGUCGGCAGUGGAUCCGGUGCCGUUGGUGCCAUCGAUGCACUCCGUGCCGGCGGAUACAGUGGAAAAAUCACAUCAAUCAGCGAUGAAGCACACCCACCAAUUGACCGAACUAAGCUCUCCAAGGCCUUGAUCGCGGAUGCAUCAAAGAUCGAGCUGAGAUCAUCAGAAUACUACAAAGAAGGUGAUGUGCAACUCAUCAAUGGCACUGUCUCAUCAAUAGACUUCAACAGCCGAAAGGUCAAGACCGAGGACAACAGGGACUAUUCAUACAACAAACUCAUCCUCGCCACUGGAGGUACACCACGCUCUCUGCCUCUUGAUGGACUCAAGGGCGACUUGAAGAGUGUGUUCCCUCUCAGAACUGUUCAACAUGUCAAGGACAUCCUUGGCGCAGCUGGCGAGGACGGUGGCAAGAAGAUUGUUGUUGUUGGCACUGGAUUCAUCGGUAUGGAGGUUGGCAACGCUCUCGCGGGCAAGAAACACCAAGUCUCUAUCAUCGGUAUGGAGAAGGAGCCGAUGGAGAAGGUGAUGGGUACGGAGCUUGGUGCUGUAUUCCGUGCUAUUCUUGAGAAAAAUGGCGUCAAGUUCUAUAUGGAUGCCUCCGUCGAGAAGGGCGAGCCUUCAAGCAAGGACUCCGGAAAGAUUGGCGGCGUCCUUCUGAAAGAUGGCACCCUCCUCGAAGCCGAUCUUGUUGUUCUGGGUGUCGGUGUCAGGCCCGCCACCGAUUACGCUAAGGACAAUGAUGCAGUGAAACUCGAAAAAGACGGAUCUUUUGCCGUCGACGAAUCAUUCGCGGUCAAGGGCUUGAAAGACGUGUUUGCCAUUGGUGAUAUUGCAACCUACCCUUACCACGGCCCUGGCGGAAAUGGCAAGCCCGUUCGAAUCGAGCACUGGAACGUCGCUCAGAACGCUGGACGCAGCGUUGCCCAGACGAUCAACAAGCCGGACUCCAAGCCGAAGCCAUUCAUCCCUGUCUUCUGGUCUGCUCUUGGCUCUCAAUUGCGCUACUGUGGACACACGCCGGAAGGCUUCGAUGAGGUCAUCAUUCACGGCAACACCGAUGUAAGCGAAGGCAAGCAGAGUUUUGUUGCGUACUAUGCCAAGGGUGAGGAAAUCGUUGCUGUUGCAAGCAUGAUGAAAGAUCCUUACAUGACACAAGCUGCUGAGCUCAUGGCACGCGGUGCGAUGCCGAGUAAGAGCGAGAUUGAUAAGGGCGUAGACAUUUUAGAGGUUGGUGUGCCCAACGAGGUGAAGAUUUGA